GUCAUGCAGCGGCCGCCGCGGUGGCGGUGGCGGCCGCCGGGCCCCUCCGCUAUAUAAGGCGCAACCGGGAGGAGCGGGCGGGGGCCGAAGAUGAAGUUGCGGGAGCGCCGGUGCCCGCCCCCGGCCCAGCCCGCGUCGGCCCCGGCCCCGGCGGCCUGCGGGCAGCGGCCGGCACCGGCAGGUCGGGAGCGGCCGCCCUCGCGGUCGCCAUGAGUUGUGCGGAGGUGAUGUAUCAGCCCCAGCCCUAUGGAGCGCCCCCGCACCAUCUCCCCGCCCCGGGGCCGCCCGCUGCCGCCGCCGCCGCCGCCGCCCGCCCGCCCGCCUGCCGCCUCCCGCCGCCCCGCCCCGGCCCGCCGAAGAAGUUAGCGGGAUGCAGCAAGAUGCAGGAGUCUCUGGAGGUGGCCCUUCCCAGCAAACAAGAGGAGGAUGAGGAGGAGGAGGAUGAUGAUGAGGAGGAGGAGGAGGAAGAGAAGGACCAGCCUGCCGAGAUGGAGUACCUUAACUCUCGCUGUGUCCUUUUCACUUAUUUCCAGGGAGACAUUGGGUCAGUAGUGGACGAACACUUCUCAAGAGCUUUGGGUCAAGCCAGCAGCUUCCAUCCUGAACCUGCCAUUUCAAAAAACAAGAUGGGGUUAAGCCCCCUAUGGCGAGACAGCUCAACCCUUUCCGGCCAGAGGAGUAGUUUCCCAACUUCGUUCUGGACCAGCUCCUACCAGCCCCCACCUGCGCCUUGUUUGGGUGGAGUGCAUCACGACUUCCCAAGCCCUACUCCGAGCUCCUUCCCGACAGCAGACCCUGGCGGCUGGCCGGGACACAGCCUGCACCAGACUGCCCCACCCCCUCCCCCAGCCGGGUCAGAGACCUGGCCUUACCCGUUGGCAUCUCAGGUGAGCCCCUCGUACUCACACAUGCACGAUGUGUACGUGCAUCACCAUCACCCCCAUCCUCACCUGCACCACCGCCACCAUCACCACCCCCCAGCCGGCUCACACCUUGAUCCACGGUAUGGAUCCUUGCUGAUGCCUUCGGUUCGUGCAGCCAGGAUUUCCGCUCCACAGUGUGACAUAAAGACAGAUCCUACUACUGUCACCACUGCUACCUCAGCGUGGGCUGGAGCCUUUCAUGGAACGGUGGACAUUGUGCCCAGUUUUGGAUUUGAUACAGGUCUACAGCACCAGGACAAGAACAAGGAAGCCCCUUGGUUCUGAGGCACCAGUGACAGUGUGACCCCCCACAGCUGGGAAAGAACUGCCACAUAUGAUCCCCUUUUUUUGCACCAGGGUCAAGGACGCAAGGGAGAGGAGAAGGUGAAGAGCCCAAAUCCCUCCUUGGAUUCUGCUUCAGAACCACUGGCAGGAUGUGGAACAUUGAUAAAAAGCCUCGGUUUCCAUCCUCUCCUCAUUUGAGCCUGCACCAGCUGGGCAACCCUGCUCCUUCUUGCUUCUUUAGCUGCUCGGCUUAUUUCUCAUUUGUUUGACUUGUUGUUGUUUUUUAAACUAACCACCUUAAUUGUCAGGAAAAGGCAGGCCUCUGCGGCCAUGUUCACCCUUUCAGGAAUACCAUUUUGUAGCUCUUUGUGCCUCUAUUUUUGUAGAAAUACAGAAAGUUGGUUUAGCAUUGAUGGGCUGUUUCAGAGGGAUGUAUUUUUUUAAAAAAAAUUGUAAAAAUUGUUAAGUUCUGUUUAAAGAACUUGCUCUCAGAGACGCACUGGCAAAAAAAAUGUAUAAAAUGCAUUCUUAUAGAUGUCUGUGAUGUGACGUGUCUAUAUUUUUUUGCGGGGAAGGGGAAUUGUCUCAAGUGUUUCUUUUUUUUUUCCAGUAGCACCAUUGCUGAGCUGAUCUGAACUCUUUUCCUUUUGUAACAGUGUGAAGUGAACAAUGGUAAACUAUGAUUUUCGUGACUCAGAUGCACAUAGGGUUCAGAAAUAUUUUCAAAAAAAUGACAGUUUGUUCUCCAAAGACUAUUUGGGGACAAAUAAGAACAGUUUUGCAAAAAAAAAAAAACCAAAAAACUCUCUUCCGUCUAAGGAAGAAUUGCCUGGCAGGAUAGUAAUUGUACCAACUGCAUAAAUGAACCUAGAGUUCAUGUAGUACAGUAGGAGAAAAAUCGUUCUAUCUUUGGAAACCUCUAAGAAACAGGAGUACGGUCCAUCAUUCUAAUUAUCUAGUCAUGACAAUAUGAAAUGUCAUUACUCUUUCAAUAGAAUCUUUGUCCCCACACACACACACACACACCGGAAGGGAUUUGGAAGACAAAUGUGCAAAUCUAACAAGCAAAAUUCUGUAUUGGUCACCAGACUAUUAUCCCUGUGGCGGCAGCUGAAGAGUUGUCCCAUAUUCAUGUAUAUUUUUGUGUUCUGGAGCUUUUUGUUGAACAAUAUAUUUAAUAUAUGGUAUUUCACGUGUUUCUGUAACUUUAGGAAUUUACUCGUAUUUUCAGAUUUUUAGUAGCGAUUGUUAGGCCCAUACAUCAGUCAAUCAAUGGUAUUUAUUGAGUGCUUACUGUGUGUCGGGCACUGAACUAUGAGCUUGAGAGAGUACAAAAAAAAAAAGAGUUGGCAGACAUGUUCCCUGCCCACAAGGAGCUUAUAUAACAGUGUGAUUUAAAUUGGGAGAGAACAAUAUUUCAGUUUGAGUAAUGUUCAUUUGAAAUGGAAUGAUUCAUCAACUGAAAAUAAGAGGAUUCAAAUGACAAGGCUUGAAUCAAAUGGACAAUUUAAGUUUCAAAAACUGAUAUUUGUGAAAGCAAACUCACAUGGUCUUAGAAAGCCACUUGGCUUAAGCUGUACUACAUUGUGAAAAAAAAAUAACUGGCCAAUAAUACCUGUGCUUCAUGAUGCUUUCAGUGCUUUGAGUCACUCUGUAGCUGCCAGCAACGGUAAAACUUAAAAUCCUCAAAAGUUAUAAGUGUGGUUAAUAGAAUUUCUCCUCAGUUUUCCUAAGAGAUUCAAAACACAGUAAAAUUCCGCUCUGCAAAUUUAAUAUGGAUGUGUGUAUAUAUAUAUAUAUAUAUAAAUAUAUAUAUCUUAGUAUAUUCAACUUCACAUUAAUAAGCUUAGCUAGGCAGGUUUUUCCACAGCUUUAUCUUGUUCAGAAACGCUCCAUUGCUAUAGGUUAGGGAACCCUCUUCAGAUCCAUCUUUAAAUCCUUUCUCUAACAAUCCUCAAGACUCUGACUUCCACCUUCCUAUAACUCUCGUUAUACCACCUAUAGGGCCCGUCAUUAAGAUCUACAACUGCCAAAUGUAAGCAUUUUUUCAUUCUGCAAAUUGUACACAAUCUGACCAUGACCUGGUUUAACCAGUGAAACUAGUUAUGCAGGUCCUAAAAAGCUUGAAGUUUUCCCUAAGUUUCCCAACUAUGGGAGCAAUGCUGAAUUUCCAUAGUUUGAAAGUUAGGCCUGAAACACUUGAUGCACACAUUAUUUCUGGACAAUGUUAGGCAGCUAGAAUUGAAAAUCUGACGGUUGUAAACCUGUAGGCAUCUCAGUGGGCCCACUGUUAACUUUCAGUUCAGGUAUUUUCAAGUAUAGUGUAAACUUCAAGAAGUUAAUACAUCAAUUGAUUUAGAGCAUCACAUUUUUUAUUCAUUUACAUCUUCUCUAACAUUUUAGACUAUUGGCACUUAGAUAGAAAAAACUGCACUGGAGGCUGUCUGCUAGUUUACUGAAAACUUGAAGGAAACAACAAAAUAUGGUGGAAAAAAGACCUCCAUUUUGAAAAAAAUAACACUUUAUGAACUAAGUCAGCAGAUUUACUCCACUUCAGAAAAAAGAAAAGUAUUAGAAGCAGAUGUUGAUUAUGCAUCUAUUAUUGGAAACGGAAAGUUUACUAGACCCAUUUCAGUCAUAGAAGGGUACUGAUGAGAAUACCCUUGAUCCCCUUUUCAGGAAGAGGAGAGGAAAACAGGUCUCCAAAACCAGGGAAACCCAACCACCAUUAAUAACCAGUGAAAUAUAUGGAUCCAUUUUUGAACAGAGUAAAAUGGAUGUAUACACCUUAUAAAAAGGCACAAGUUUGGGGAAAUGUUCCAAAUUUUGACAGAAAGUUUAACUUGGAAAUAUUGUCACUCUUAUUCUGUAACAAAAAAAAAAGGCUCCUAAAAUACCAUUUAACUUAUUUUCAAAUCUUGGGAAAUGGUACUGUUAUGGAUUUCAGCCCAACCAGCUCUAGAAAUAUGUUUCUCUUUUGCUUGAAUCUAGAUUUCUCCUUCAGAUAUAAUCACCUUAAAAAAAGAAACCUAAACUUCAUUAAACUGAUAAAUACAUCCAUUAUUUUGGAGGAACCUAUUAAAAGACCACCUUUUAUUUUUACAUUUCUCAGGUUUUUCCUUUAACCUUUUUAAAAAAGAAGUUUACUAAAUUCUCAACUCUGUGUGGGAUGUCUAUAAUCUAGUAAUACUCUAAAACUGAUGUUUUUCUUAUAGUUUUCUCAAGGCCUUUACCAGUUUACAUGUCACUGUACUUAAAACCACUACCUACGCCACAAUCCAAGUGCCACAAAUGAGGCCUUCCUGGAGAACCGGUCGCCAGCACACAAAAUUCCACGAACAGGUCAAAGAACAUAGGCAGUUCUGUUUAAGUCUAGAAUUAUGUGUAGUACAGUAAUAUAAAAUGAAAGUUGGGGAUUUUGUUAACUCCAACUAUUCAGAAUGCAAAUAAGAAGACAGUAAUUGCUAAUGACCUCCAGGACAUUUGACUUUACUUGUUUUUCAUGAGUUUUAUAUAGAGAUUUUAAGACAUAGGAUCAAAAUCAAUGAUAUUUCAACAAAAGCAACAAGUUCUCCAGUUUAGCUGGGAGGUGUCUUUGCAUUGUUAAUAUGCAAAUAUGUAAAAACUCACAUAAUUAAACCCUGAGAUUCCAGGAGAUAAAACUAUCGGAAAAGUAUUAUUGCCUUUUAUUGUAAAUCCUACUGGUAAUACUUAAAAGGGAAAAGCAUUCUCUCUCUAGACAUACAGCAUUAGAAUACAACCAUAGAACUCCCUAAGGAGUUCCUUCAGUAGCAGUGUCUAGUACUAGCUGAUGUUUACAGUUUUAAGGUAGCAUAUUUGCAAGUCUAACCAUUAUUGAAUCACUCUGGUCUCACAGCCAAACAGAACCUUUACUUUUAAAUAUGGAAGGAAAGCUGUUCUUUAAUAAAACAAACUUCUCCUAAAACCCAAAGUGUACAGUUUUUAAAAGCUGCAGUAUGCCUACCAGAUAGAUUAGUUGGAUUUAAUGAUGGAGGACUUUGUAUUAAAAGAGUGUCAUCUUCAUUGUUCAAUAAAUAAUUUAAUGUGAAUUUUUAUGGCUAUAUUUUUAUGUCAUGCUUUGGUUUUGUCUGUACUUUUUGACAACUAGCUCAUGCUUUCUUGUUUCCUUCUUAUUCAACUAAAGAACUCAUAAACAUCUAUAUAAAUUACA